UCUUCCUCUCUACACCCCCUUCUCUCCAAGGGGCGCCCGCAAAACACCCGGACGCAACCCGCUGUCUCAAAGUGUUUCCCCUCUCCGCCUCUCGGGUCUCAACCCCAGUAGGCAGAGCGCCAUAGCCACCGCGCCAUGGAGGACGGGGCUUCGGAUUUCAGCGACUGGGAGGUGCUAUCUGCAUCCUCGGGGGUCGGAGGCGAUGACGCCGUCCUUGUGUCCGGGGAAGGCGGCGACGUCCUCCACGACCACUUCGCCCUCGACCCCUCUUCCUCCACUGGCUUCUCCGGCGAGGGCUCGUGGUCGGAGGCUGCCUCCGACGACGUGGAAAUUGAAUCCGGGUUAGGAUCAGUGGACAGAUGUGGUUCUGCUAUGCAAGAGCAGACGGAUCUUAUUGGGGCGGUGGAUUCCAGCGCACAGUUGCAAUUUGGCGGGAUUGAUGUGACUGCACAAGCCUCGCCGGUUUUUGGAGCCUCCGUGGCAUGUGGUGGGGGCGCACAUGAGAAGCAAACUGCGGGGUUAAGUUGCGGUGAGUUUGAUUCGAUUCCGCAAGCCGCGCUUCAAGGGUUGGAGGGAAUUUUGGACUCCGAUGCAACUGCGGUCGCCGGUGUAAGACUCCAGAUAGAAAUAUCAGAGAAUUCUAGUUUGCAAUUGGAAGAUGGAGGGGCUGAUGCCAUUAGCGAAAGCUCUGUUCUUCAAGCUGCUGCAACAAGCGAUGCAAUGCAGACUCUGCAGGAAGAGCGGGAGCAAGGGAAGGAUGCUAGUGCCGCUUUUGGUUUUGCUGAACCUGGUGGCGAUGACAAGGAUGGUUCUUCCCCUCUGGUUGCAGCUGCAGCUCCGGUCACCGGUGAUGGAGAGAGGCAAGUGGUUGUAUGGUGGAGGCUGCCGUUCAGGUUCAUCCAUUAUUGUGCUUGGAAAGUGAGUCCGGUUUGGCCGAUUUCCAUCGCUGCAGCAUUGCUGGGGAUAGUUGUGCUCGGGAGGAGGAUGUAUAGGAUGAGGCGCAAGACCCAGGGCCUUCCCCAGAUUAGGAUCGCAUUUGAUGAUAAGAGGGUCUCCCAGUUUGCAGACCGCGCAGCACGUCUCAACGAGGCCUUCUUGAUCGCAAAACGUGUACCCACUCUGAGAACUUUGUCUGGUGCUGCACUCCCCUGGUCAAUGAUGCAAGAGAGAUGAGCCAGCCUUCUUGAAGAUUCAUAAGAAGAUCUCCCUGUUGGAUUAGCCAACAGGAAUGUAUGAUAAAACAAAAUUUUAAUAAGAACAUCAAUCUGGAUUGGGCAUAUCUUGGUAGUGUUUUCCUGGUGAAGCAUCGAGGAUGUUGAUGUCUAUGUCGAUGCCUAAUCAGAUAUAUUUACUACUCCCUCCGUCCCAAAAUUCUUGUCUUAGAUUUGUCUAGAUACGGAUGUAUCUAAUACUAAAACGUGGCUUGAUACAUCCGUAUUUAGACAAAUCUAAGACAAGAAUUUUGGGAAGGAGGGAGUAUUAGCCUAGUACACUACAACAGUUUUUGUCUUAUGUUCUUUUUUAUUCAUGUUUGGUAGGUUUUAUAAAUCUGUAUUGAGUCCUAAAUGUGCCAUUACUCUGGAUAUAUGUUUUAUCUAUGCGGGUGUUUUACCUUUU